CACAAAAUGGUGUGUGAGUGACCGAGUCAGAAGACGCGCCACUUCGGAGACCGCCCCAAUCUCCAACUGACAUCUUAACCCACUCAGCCAAAAAUAUAUAUAUAUAUAUAUAUAACCUAAAAAUAGAGCUGAGGCGAGUCUUAUUAGACUCUCUCUCUCGCCGGCGCAACUUUCUGGCCCUAUUUCCGAUCAGGAAGUAGAAGAAGGUGGGAAUUGUUAUUUUUGGAGCUGAGAAUUAUGUAAGCUUUUGCAUUUGAGAGUGCAAAGGCUGCAUACAAAUGAUUGUGGAUCUCUUUCUUCUUCCAAUGUUAAUCUCUUGUGAUUGGUUAUAGGAGCACGACCUGCUGUUCCUAUGCAUGCAACAGUGACAAUCGUUUGGGUAAAAAAUUAACUCAAGAUGGAUAGUGAAGCCAGUCAUCAACCAAAGCAGGAACGUUCAAGGACAAGGUGGACAGCAUCCCUUGAUAAAAUAUUUGCUGAUUUGGUUGUUAAGCAGAUUCAAUUAGGGAACAGACCAAACAAUGUGUUUGACAAGAAAACGUGGAAUCUCAUUCGUGAGGAAUUUAAUAAGCAAACAGAUCUCAACUUCAAUAACAAUCAAUUGAGGAAGCACCUGGAUGUUCUGCGAACGCGCUUCUAUAAUCUGAAGUCAGCUUUUGAUCAAAAUAACGACUUUGCUUUGGAUGAUUCUUGCUGCAUUGGGUUUGACCUAUGGGAAGAUAUUGGGGCACAGCCUAGGACUGAAAUAAUCAAAGUCAAGGACUGCCCUAUAUACGAGCAGCUAUGUGAAAUCUUCACAGAUUCAGUGACUGAAGGGAAAUAUGCACAAUCCAGUCACUAUGAAGAGUUAGACAGGUCUGUUGGAAUAGACACUGCAGGACUAAUUUCAUGUCAUGAUGGUGGAACCCCACGAUAUGCAAAUGCAUCAUCAUUGAGACCUAUGCAAGGAAACAUGUCAUCGGCAGAAAAGGUAACGAAGAAUAUUGCUGAGAGAAAAAGGAAAGGUCCAUCUGAGACACAUUCUUCUUUGGGUGGAAGCAGAAAGGAUCAAGAGAUGUAUGAUACUAUGGCAGAAACCAUGUUAGAAAUGGUUGCUACUUUGAAAUCGAGGGCAGUUGCAAUAACGCCAAGUGAUGACAAAUUUACUAUCACUAAUUGCAUUCGAGCACUGGAUGAAAUACAGGACAUUGAUGACAGGCUCUACUUUGCUGCUCUGGACCUCUUUGAGGACGCCAAUUUAAGGGAGAUAUUCAUAUCUCUAAAAGGCAACAAGAUCCGGCUGACAUGGUUGCAGGGGAAGUGUGGUAAACCAACCAACAGUUAGUUCAGGGACCACGACUUUUUUGCUAAUUUGAACUUGGGAAUGUAAAUGUCAACUUUACUAGUAUAGUUUUGCUCGAGUGAAGUAGAUUGUACAUAUUAUUAAUGUCUUCCUUUUUUAGGUGGAAAUAGUUUGUUUAUAAACACUGCAUCUCAUUUCUACUGCUGUAGUUUUGUUCAUAAUUGAUUUCAUGAUUCAGGGAUGAGAUGAUUUA